GAAAAUCGCCGGCAAAGCCGUCAAAUGUGAUCGUCUUUAGCUCGUGUCACAAAAAAAAAAUCACAUGAACAGACUUAUGGCCCAUAUGAACCUCACGCUUGGAAAGAAGCCGGUGCUCGUGGUGAUGAUGUUAGUCCUUGCCUGCAUGUUGGUGAUAGAGUACAAUACUAGAGUGGAAGUGAGAAAUAUGGCUGUUAAUUUAAGGAAUGAAAGUUCGCUUGGAAUUGUGAGAGUGGAGAAAUGGAAGACAGAUCGUGUCAAACGACAGCGAAACUCGCUGUCCAGCAAGCUGAACCACGUGAUGAUGUUGUACGGACAGCAGAACUGUGAGCUGCUUAAGCUGAAAAAGGUUGGCCAUCCGGUGGACGAGAUGGUGUCUGAGUACGGUGGUUGGUGUGCUGAUGCCAGUAGUCCGACUAGCAGGCAACAUGUCUGGGACCAGGGCUUUUCCAAAGCUUUGAGCACCUUCUUUAAAGGCAAAUCUGUUGGGAGCUUUGGCGAGGGACCUGGGGCGUACAAGAGGCAUCUGGACACGCUGCAGGAGGUCAAGAGCUACACGGCUUACGAUGGAGCUCCGUAUUGCGAGAUGGUCACUAAUGGAACUGUGCUAUUUUUAGACCUAACAGUCCCCCAAUACAACCUCCCAAUCUUCGACUGGGUCAUCAGUGUGGAGGUGGGUGAACACAUUCCGGCCAAGUUUGAAGAUAUUUAUCUGGACAACUUGGCCAGACAUGCCAGGGAGGGCAUCGUGCUAAGCUGGGCAGUGCCAGGUCAGGAUGGCCUGUCCCACGUCAACAACAAGCUACUCAAAGAUGUGGUGGAGCAGCUACGUCGACGUGGAUUUGAGAUCAGUGUGGAGGCCGGAUCUCCUUUAAGAGGCGGCGCACGUUCUGGAUGGCUGCAGAAAAAUGUCCAUGUAUACUACAGAUCUUCUCCCAGCUCUCUUGUAGAAGACGAUGCUUAA